AUGCCUUCGUCUUCGCGACUGCUGAGCCUGGGCGCGCUCGCCCUCUCGUCGUCGCUCGCUCGCCCGGCGCUGGCCACGACCCAGUACACCGUGGUCAACAGCUUCGCUGGCCAGGACUUCUUCAAUAACUUUGCUUUUUCGACAGAAGCUGAUCCCACCCAUGGAUUCGUGCAAUACGUCGACCAGGCCACGGCCCAGAGCCUCGGCCUCAUCAACGUGACCCCCAGCGGCAGCGUGUACAUUGGCGUCGACCACAUCUCCACGCUGUCGCCCAGCGACCAGGGCCGCAAGUCGGUGCGCAUUACGUCCAAUGUCGGCUUCGAUCAGGGUCUCCUCAUCGCCGACAUCCAGCACAUGCCCGGCAGCAUCUGCGGUGUGUGGCCGGCCUUCUGGACGACGGGCAACCAGUGGCCCGAGGAUGGUGAAAUCGACAUCAUCGAGGGUGUCAACCAGCAGGCCACCAACGAGAUGGUCCUCCACACCCAGGGCCAGUGCACCAUCACCAACCCGAAGCAGACCGGCACCCUGACGUCGGCGGACUGCUCGCUGUCGUCGGGCACGACCGGCUGCGUGGUUCAGGGCACCGCCAACACGUACGGCACCGGCUUCAACAGCAUCAACGGCGGUGUGUAUGCUCUGCUGUGGACCGACGAGGCCAUCAAGAUCUGGUUCUUCCCGCGCAGCGCCAUCCCGGAGUCCAUCACCAGCGGCAACCCCAACCCGGACGAGUUCGGCACCCCGCUGGCCGACUUUGAGGGCACCUGCGACAUCGGCAAGGAGUUCCAGACUCAGAAGCUUGUUUUCGACACCACGUUCUGCGGUGACUGGGCUGGCGGCGUCUACGGAUCCUCGGGCUGCCCCAUGAGCCAGCCGAACAACGCCGUGGGCAGCUGCGUUGACUACGUGGCCUCCAACCCGUCCGCAUUCACUGAGGCCUACUGGGAGAUCAACUCGAUCAAGAUCUACCAACAGACCAACAACAGCGCUCCCAGCUCCUCGGCCCUCGCCAGCCGCACUGUCGCCAGCUCUGCGGUCGCUUCGUCCGUGCCUGCGGAUGCCGGCUCUUCCACUCCGGCUGCGGUGACCCCUUUCAGCAGCACGGCCGCUGCCUCGUCCAAGGAGACUGCUACCACCGUGAUUGUCACCUCGUACGUUGACGUCUGCCCGGAGGGUUUCACGACCAAGACCAUCACCCACACGGCCACCUACUGCCCGGAGGAGGUCACUUCGGGCAUUGCGCCGGGCUUCACGACCAAGACGACCGUCUGCACUGCUUGCGGUCCCGCCCCGACCACGGUGACUCUGACUGUUCCGGCCUCGUCGGUUACUGCGACCGCCACUCCUGCCGCGACUUCUUUCACCUCUGCCCAGGCCGUCCCUGGCUCGGCUACCACUUUCGUGAGCGUUCCUGUGCCGACUGGCAGUGGCAGCACUGGUAGCGGCAGCACUGGCUCUGGCGCUGGCUCCAGCUCUGCUUCUGGCUCUGCUUCUGGCUCUGCUCCUAGCUCUGGCUCCAGCUCCGGCUCCUCUGGCUACGGCUCUGGCGCCAGCUCCUCUGUCGCUGUUCCUCCCGUCGUCUCUCCCUCUGCUCCAGCUGGCUCCGCUCCCUAUCCCGCCAGCAACGGCACCGCGUCCUCUCCUUCUGGCGCCGCCCCUGUUGCUUCCGGCUGGGGCUCGGCCUCGAAGACGGGCGCUGCCGGCGUCGGCUCUGUCGCGACGCCUUCCAGCAAGAGCUCCUCGUCGGUGCCGCCGGUCUUCACCGGCGCUGCCAACAAGGUCUCUGCUGGUUUGACUGGAGCCGUUGCGGCCGUUGCCCUUGCCCUGUUGGCAUGA